UGAUUUGGAAAAAGCAUGAAUCGGGGUUUAGCAAAUUCCUAAUUCUUAGACCGCAGCCGCGUAGGGUGGGUGACAACAGAGAGAGAACACAGAGUGGUGCAGCUAGCAAAGCAACAAGGGUGUUGUUUCCAAACACAACAGAGAUAGUGUUUUGUUUGGAAGUGGGAAAAAGAGAAGAGGCAGUGAUGGAUGAGGAACAAGGCUAUAAGCCUCCGGCAGAUUUUGAAGAAAAUGCUAAAGACCCAUUGCUUGAUAUCAACGUCGACGAUUCUACUGAGCUUUGGCUCAUUCAGUGGCCUAAAAAUCAAAAUCCAGAUUAUGAUGGCAAAGAGUUGUCACUUAAGCUGCAUGGGAAUGGAAAGUUGAGCACUUUUGAAGGCGCAUCUGGGAAAGAAUAUGACCUUGUCAGUUCUUCAAUUCAAGAAUCAAAUGCAACAGUUUUUGUAUCUUCUGCCUCAGGCACCAAAAUUGCUGGGAAGAUUUCACGGCGAGUUUCUCUGGUGCAUUACCCCGAGCCUAGUGAGCUUAAAGAGCGUCAAGAGCUUCAAAUGGCAAAAUCCCGAAAAAAGAGUCAGAUAUCAUCCUCAAUGGCAUUUACCCAUUCUUCCCAGAAAACUCCUUCACGCAGUACAAGAACUACAACUACUGCAACUCCUACUCAAAGUACAUUUCAGAGAAGUUCACGACCAAUAAAUGGAGAAGCUGGGGAGUCGUCACAUCUCCAAAACAAAAAGCAAAGGCAUACUUCCCCAGGUCGAACUCACAGUGGUGUUACUUCAUCAGGACAGGGUCGUAGCACAACUACUACUUCUUCAGGAGAAAUGUCAUCAAAGAAACAUAAGGAAAAACAUAAAAGAUGAGAAUUGACAUCUCUUAGGUUUUCCUCAGAAUGCAUAGCAUGAAUUUGGAUGGCGGAUGAAGUAAUCAGUCCUCUAUGUAGCUCCUAAGGUUUUGCUAGUCACUUCAAGCAAUGCCACCAAGUGCCAUAAUUUUUUGCCGAUUGAUGAAAAAACACAGUAUGAAUUCCUUGAAGUAAGUUUCAUUUUUUGUUUUUUGGUCAAAGCCACUUCAGAAUUACCUAGUGAUUAGCUCGCACGCAGAAGGUGUGAGAUUGUUGUGAUGCUCAUUGCAUUAUUGCUUUCGUGUAUUCAGGGAUCAGUUAGUGAUUUGGGUUUUCUUGUUUAAUACACAACUGGUUUUAUUUGGCG